GUGCGCUGCCACUCCUGUUGUUAACAAGUGAGGUAGGAGGGGAGCGAGUUUGGGAACCUGCUGCAGGGAAUGAAGCAAAUUGAAGGGGUGUGUCGGACUGUAACCGAGAGAAAGGCGGAAAAUAAAAGAAAUGGCAUCGGCACUUUGUUGCAAGGCAGAAGGUUUUGCCGUCUUCAGCAGUCAAUAGUUUUAGGAUGGGUGGAGUCUCCUCCAUUUUAUUAGAGAAUCAAAUGUUAACAAUGGAGUCAACAUUAACAUCUCUGCAUUGAGAACAACUGAAGGAGGAGUCAAAGUGCAAAUAACUUCUUAGAAGUGGAGAAAUGGCUUAUCGGAAAGUAGGUCAGAGAUUUCCAGUACAUAGUCAGGAUCUGGAUACUGAAGAACUUCCAGUCACUGCUCUGGAAUUAGAAUGGGACAUGGAAAAGGAGUUGGAAGAACAUGAAUUUGAAGGCUUUGAGCCAGAUGAUUCUAGGCAACACCAUUUGGGGAACUCGACUGGAAAUACUGAUCUUGAUAUGGAAUUUGUACAACCUUCAGCAUCACCACGGGGGAGAUUUGAACGUCUGGAAGAAGAGUGUGAUUACGUGGCACAAGCAAGAGCAGCACCAAAAAAUCAGCAGAGCAACUUUCCAACAAAGGCAAAACUCUUUGCUGCAGGGAUUAUUAUAUUUAUUAGUGGUCUUCUAAUAGGUUACUAUGGGCGGAAAGGCACCUCAAAAAAUGUAUUGGAAAACAAUGUAACAACACCAACACCACCUGCAUCCUCAGCUGCUGCACCUGAUGACAGCAAAAUCUUUCAGGAUGUCCUUCAGGCAAUCGAGGGUGACAGUAUCAGAAACUUUUCUAGGGAUUUUGCAUUAUUUGCUGCUGAGUCAGGCCAGGGGAGUUCUGCGGCACACAUAAUGGAGCAGUGGACUGCAUCUGGUUUAACAGAAAUCCGCUUGGUAAAUUACACAGUUCUUCUCAGCUUGCCCGAUACAGACCAAAACAAAAUCAUUCUCACGAACAGCAGCCAGUGCUUUUAUCCAAGUGGACAGCAAUGCAGUACUCUCCCCUCAGCCCUGCUUGGGAGAAAGGAGAAGAAUGACCUUCUUUAUUCCUAUGCAGCAUAUUCUGCCAAAGGAUCUCUGGAGGCGGAGAUCAUAGAUGUACAGUAUGGAACAAUUGAUGAUUUGCUCCGACUUCAAUCAAGUACCAAUGUAACGAAAAAAAUUGCACUAAUUAAACUUGGACAGGCACCUUUACUGUACAAGCUCUCUUUACUAUUGGAGGCUGGUUUUGGAGGAGCUUUAGUCUACAUCGAUCCCUGUGAUUUACCCCCAAGGGAGAAGAUAGGCAACGAAACAUUUUGGCUUUCUUUAAACCCUGGAGGAGAUCCAUCUACACCAGGAUAUCCCAGUGUUGGUGGAAGCUUCAGAGAGCAUCGCACAAACCUUACAUCUUUGCUGGUCCAGCCAGUGGCUGCAUCCUUGGCCAAAUCACUUCUUUCUUCCACUGAGGAGCCAAACAGAAAUGGAUGUUUUCACCUCACAAAUUCAAGUCGAGUCAGGAAAACCAUCAGGCUGGAGGUGGGAAAAAUCUCAGAAUAUAAGACGAUUCAGAAUGUAAUAGGCUUCCUCAAAGGAUCUAUCAACCCAGAUAAGUAUGUUGUUGUUGGUAGUCACCAUGGCAACAAGGAAGAACCCUGGACCAGCAGUACUUCCAUCAUUACAGAGAUAAUCAAAGCGAUAAUGUCCCAGGUUCAGAAGAGACAUUGGCGGCCAAACCGCAGCAUUUUAUUCUGUUGCUGGGGAGGAACUACGUUUGGCAACAUUGGCUCAUACGAGUGGGCAGAGGAGAUGGAACCUGUUCUGCAGAAUAAUGCUGUGGCUUAUAUCAACAUAUUCAAACCUGUUAUGGGAAAUGGAAGCCUGCAUACUGUAGCAUCUCCAUCGCUUUGGCAACUCGCAACGGAUGUUAUAAACAUGAGAUUUUCUUUAAACUGCACAAAUCAAGAACGGUGUCCGGGAAGAAAGGUCAACUCAAUUCAGGUGGAAGGGAACAGUGAUUUCUUCAUCAAUCAUCUCGGCGUGCCAACUGUUCAAUUUGCAUAUCAAGGGACAAGUGCGUCAAUGGGACCAGGAUUUCUGUCUGAAGCUCUUGGAGUUCAUGAUGCGUCGGCAGCCGAGGCUUUGGAUCCAUUUUUUAAUCUUCAUGAAACUGUCGCUAAGUUGACAGCUGAAAUGAUUCUGCACAUAGCCAAUGAUCCAGUUCUACCUUUCAGUGUUUUGGAUGUAGCCCUGGAGGUUCAAGAACAGCUCACAGAUAAAAGUGUCGCUACUGAUCAAAUUCUGACACUCGCCAACGCACUGAGGGAAACUGCACAACUUUUUCAGUCAGAUGAAAUGCGACCAGCUAAUAAUCCAAAAGAACAAGACCCUGCGCAUCUGAGAAUGUUGAAUGACGUGCUGCAACAUGUGGAGAAAAUCUUCCUCGUUGAACAGGCUCCUCCGGGUUAUUAUAGAAAUAUUCUGUAUCGCCUCGAAGAAUCGUCAGAUCAGUUUUCUAUUUUAAAAGAAGCUUUUAACCACUCCAGACUUCAACAGUCAAACCAAACUCUAUCUACAGUUCUAUCGGAAGUGAUGAACUGCAUUAGGUCUGCUCAGGUGUAUUUAAAAACAGGUUUGGAUGUGUUUGAGAACAUUCAAAACACAAAAAAGCAAACCAGUGUUUAGAAAAUGUGCAAUGGUGCAUAGGUUAACAAUUUCCUUUUUUGGAAUAUAUUCCUUAAAAAAGGAAUCUAAUUUUGCCAAAGGAUAAAUGCGUGGUUACUUACAACAGGAAUUGAAUAUGGUGCCCAUUACAAUUGAUCAAAGUACCAUUUGAUGGUGAUCUUUAUUGAUAAGUGGCAAUUAUUAUUAACAACCCAAUUGAGUCAGACUCAGUAAUUGCAGUCAUGGGUUAAGAAAAUAUGGCGUAGAUAAUAUUGAUGUCGAUACCAGGUCAUAGAAUGGCCCGACAGUUCCAGUCUUAAAAGGCUGUUAACUUCCAGGUUGGAAAGUUGUGGAAAAAGAGAUUUACAUUGCCUGAAAUAAUCAUUCAGUCCAUUUUCAAAAUGAACGCUGGAACCAAUGAAUGUUGUAUAAAUGCUUAAUUAUUUCCAUUAUAAGAUACCUCAAAAUGGGCAAUUAGUGACGUUGACAAAGUCUCGUGAGAAUUUUAUUUGGUUAUAAAUCAUAAUGUGCCUUCCAGAUUGAAGUGUAUGUUAUGUUUAUGAGGAGAAUUAUUCAUUGUAACCUGUGGUAUGUUGCCAUAAAGUGGCACAGAUUUGUAAAGUCAAUGCCUUGUAUAAAACAGAGACCACUUAUUUUUAACAACAAAUAAUACAGGAAACAAAUCUAUAUUUUUUUCAGAUUAAUCUGCAAAAGUGCAUUAUUGUGAUAAUAUCUGCUGUACCUGAUCCAUUAUAUUUUGACGAUUGAAUGCUUGUCGACAAGCUGAACAUUUGGUACCUAUUUAAUUUUGUUAAUAUCAGUAAGUACAUUCUCAACCAAGAUAGAAAACAUGAGAUGUUUUUACUUAAUAGUGUGGCAGAUGGAUGGCUAGUUUUCAGAGUAUUUGUUAAACACUUCAAUAUUAGCCGUGUUAAAAACAGUUUCAAAGUUGUAUUGUUACUUUCCAUAUGUUAAGUUAAAUUUGAAGUCGAUUAUUUUCCUAUUGUGAAUAAGUUGGAAAGUCACAAAAUGUUCUUUCUUAACUCCAACUGAGAUCCAGUGUAAUGGAGACACAAGGAACUGCAGAUGCUGGUUUUUCAAAAAAAGGCACAGUAUUGGAGUAAUUCUCCAAGUCAGGCAGCAUCUCUGGUUAAUGAGUGACUUGCUGUUUCAGAGUCUUAAGAAGGGUGCCAAACCAAAAUGUCACCUAUCCAUGUUCUCCACAGAUGCUGCCUGACCCGCUAAGUUACUCCAGCACUCUGAAAUGUCACCUAUCCGUGUUCUCCAGAGAUGCUGCCUGACCCGCUGAGUUACUCCAGCACUCUGUGUCUUUUUUAGAGAACCAGUGUAAAUUGGAAAUGCAAUCCUAGCAAUCUUCAAAACUGUGGAAAAUAUCUGCGGAUCACCUCGUACUCCGGCAAAUAUUUUUCGUCUCCCCUUUAAAAACAAAAUCACAUCAGGGUGACAAUGAGAGAUAUGAGCUUGAAUUAAUUGUCACCAUUGCUGCUAAUUGGGCAUUAACAGAAACUGGUUACUGAUCGGAAUUUAUGAUUCUUUCAAUACUUCCUGAUCACCUCAGGAAGUUAUGCACCUUAUGUACAUAAUGAAAGAAUAAAGAAUCAAAUGAAGGUGUAUAUUUUUUGGAAAAUGUCUGAACAAGAAGUUCAAAAGGCAUAUUUUUUCCAUUGACCACAUUUUGCAUAUUCAUAGAGAUACAAGGAACUGCAGAUGCAAGAGUUUUGCGCAAAACACAACAUACUGGAGGAAGUCAGUGGGUCAGGCAGCAUGUGUGUAGGGAAUGGAGAGAAGACUUUUCGCGUCAGGAUCCUUCUUCAGACUCUGAAGAGCCCCGACCUGAUACGUCGUGUGUCCCUUCCCCCCAACGUGCUGCCUGACCUGUUGAGUUCCUCCAGCACUUGUGUUUUGCAUAUUCAUAUCUGUGUUCACACAAUGUAUUUCUAAGUGAAAUAUUUAUUUAAUGUUUUCCAAUUCUCAUAUUAUUUCUGGUUAUUGACCAUUUUCUUCCGAAAAGAAUCCCGAUUAGCAAUGCCCUCCCCUCAGCCACAGUCUGCAUUUCAUGUUGCAAUAUGUGAUGUAGAUAAUUUAAAUUGAAGACAAUUUAAAUAUCAGAUACAAUAUUGAAAUAAGAUAAAAUCAAAUUGAAAAAGGAUUGCCGAAGGAAUGUAAUUUAGAUGAAAUACAGAAUCAUUCCAUGUGCGUGGAUGAUUUCCAGCAGCAAAACAUACAGCUCCUCUCUAUACCGCUACAAAGCACCCGAUAAGCAAAUGGAGAAUGAGAGUGAAUAAUUAUAUGGGGUAAAUACAAUAAAGUAUAAGUUAUGACCUCUACAUUACAAUUCAGCACAAGGAGAAUAUCAAAAAUAAAGUACAUACUGCAUAAUUUAACUUCAUAAUAUUAUUACCUGUCUAAUCUAAUGCACAUAAUGAUAAAAGAUAAACAAUUUCCCUCUUUGAAAGCUUAGAAUGUACUUUCAUGCACAUGUAAUAAAAUGAUUUGUUUAUUUUGAAAGAUUGGAUUUCUAGGAAAUGGACUGCAUCUGACCACUUGAGGGCCUACCCCACUUACGCAAUUUUUUCGGCGACUAGGCUGUCGCCACAUAGUCGCGGGGCGUUGCCUGUAUGGUCGUGAGUAGUCGUACCUUUUUCUGGUCGCC